CCGGCAGGAAGCAGGCAGCAUACUCAAACUGGACCAUUUGAGGAGCAUUCAAUAAAGAGGUUCUUUUCAAAGCUGGCGGUGCUCUCCAGUGGUCAAGGCAGAGGGUAAGUGUACCGUUGAAGCAGUCCCACAGGUCAGCCUCCCAGGGCGCUGCAGAGCAGCGUGGAGAAGAUGGGGAGCAGACCCGGAAGCGAGGAGAGGCCCAGUCCCAACUCCACUCCUUCCCAGCGGGGGAGUCUGGACAAGCCACUCAACUUUCCUGGGCCUCAGUUUCCUUCUCUGUAAGAAGGACGGUGAGUGUGUUCCGAAUUUGAAAUUCAGUGAUGAAUUUAAGAAUUCCAGCCUGGAGCCCCGCAUGCAUUGGCUGGCUGCCAGCACUUGGUUUCUAAGCGUCGGCAAAGAGAACACAAAAUCGAGGCCACCGAGGAGCCAGACACCCUGGACAUCCAUCCCAGAAACGCUGGACAUCUGAACACUGCACUGAUGAGAGGCUUGAUCAGCAGGUCUUGGGGGCCCUGCCAGGCCUGGAACCCAGAAACUCUCUCUCUCUGCAGGGGCCUGAGUGGCACACACACACACACACACACACACACACACACACACACACACACCCCAGCUGCAGGAAGGGCAGUGCCUCGCCUCCUGGCCCCUCUGGAGAGAAGGAGCAGUAGGCCUGUCGCAGCCCAGGGUCUGCCCUCGGGAUGGCUGAGGUCGGUGGAAGGACAGACAGCAGGACCGGGCCCCGAAGCCCUGCCCGUGGGCCCAGCUAGAAUGGAACUUGGCAGAACAAGUGCACCUCCCUGUGUGGAAAUCCUUCCAGGCACCCUAGACACGAGUCGUUUAGGUGGGACCCCGGCUGCAACGGGGAGGGAGCUCACCACCUCACAGGGCACCCCGGGCAGCCGGGCAGCCCCCUGCCCCUGGAUGCCCAGGCCCCGCCAGGACAGUCUUCCGAGCCUCAAGGACAGACUCCAGGCCCCCACCCCACCUCUGUCUGCCUGUGACAUUGCUUCCGUGUCCAGAACAAAGGCAGCUGGUGAAACCCACAGCCCUCUGCCCUUUAUUUCUUUAUCACCUGCAUUUCAAGUUCACAGGAAGAGGGUUUUCAAAGCCUCAGAGUCAGGAUGGCACUGCGGUCAGUAUUUUCAAAAGAAAGGAAACCAAAAAGGAUCACAGAACUGCAGGUACAGCAGAUUAAGGCCCUGCAGGGUGGCAAGGGGCCGGGCGGCAGGGCAGGGUGUGCACGCGUGCGCGGGGAGCCCGCUGCUUUCCCAGCUCUCCAGGGCAGGAGCAGGAGAAGGGGCAGAGAGGGAGGCCGCCGAGGGAAAGGAGGGCAGGGCUGCCCCACUGCUUUUUAGGUUGAGGGGGGGCAGCUCGCGUGGCCGGGGCGCUGGCCAGCUCUUGCCUCCACUGCGACAGCCCCUAACGUUCGCCCCCCUCCAGCCUCGCGCCACGGUGGCAUGUUUCCCUUUGAUGAGCGACACCAUCUCUUGUGCUCCUGGCGGCUCAGGUGCAUCCUGAGCUCAGCGUGGGAAACGUUGUGUCCACAUCUCCGAUGAGACUGUGAUUGAAUCUACCACGUUGCUUAUAAAAAGUGUGGGCCAUGAAGUCGUUUAUUUACUGCCUGUGUUUUCCUUUUGCUUCAUUUUUCUGGUUUCUUUUUCAUUGAUUUUAUCUUGUGUAUUGAAUGAAUCCUUUUUAGAAAAAAAACUUUUUUAAAGUUGUGAAAUGUUUUUAAAAUAUAGAAAAGCGGGGGCUUCCCUGGUGGCGCAGUGGUUAAGAAUCUGCCUGCCAAUGCAGAGGACACGGGUUCGUGCCCUGGUCUGGGAAGAUCCCACAUGCCGCGGAGCAACUAGGCCCGUGAGCCACAACAACUGAGCCUGCGCGUCUGGAGCCUGUGCUCCGCAACGGGAGAGGCCGCGACAGUGAGAGGCCCGCGCACCGUGAUGAAGAGUGGCCCCCGCUCGCCACAGCUGGAGAAAGCCCUCGCACAGCAACGAAGACCCAACACAGCCAAAAAUAAAUAAAUAAAUAAUUUUUUAAAAAAUAUGGAAAAGCAGAGGGAAUUAUUAAAUGAACCCCCUAGUACCCACCUACCAGCUUUAUCAAUUCUUAACAGAUUGCCACAGUUUUUCCUCUUUUUGUUGUGGUUAGAUACACUGACACAAAAUUUACCGUUUUGACCAUUUCAAUUUCUUUUAGAAACAUAACAUUAUACAUACAGUUAAAGGGCCCUAUGACCUCUCUCCCACGCCCUUCCCUUCUUCCCUAGAGGUACCCACUAUUCUGAAUUUGGUUCCCCUAUAAAAGUGAUACAUGGGUAUUGUAAAGCAAUCCAUAUAGUGGAAAAGGGUAUAAAGCAAAAAGUAAAAAUCUUCCUGCUACUGCCAGCCUUAAAGUCACUCCCCCCUGAAGUAACUAUUGUUAAAACUUUCUAUGAAUCUUUCCAGGUAUCUUUUAAUACAUAU